UUCCAUUUGAAUUUUCAGAGAGCAAACAUUUGGUUGGCUGCAGUGACCAAGCAAAAUGUCAAUGCUGGAAUGGUGUUUGAGUUCCUUUACAAGAUGGUGGAUCUCAUGCAAGCAUAUUUUGGAAAGGUGACAGAAGAGAAUGUGAAGAACAACUUUGUCCUCAUUUAUGAACUUCUGGAUGAACUUUUGGAUUAUGGAUAUCCUCAGAACACAGACACUGGUGCCCUAAAGACAUUCAUCACUCAACAGGGAAUCAAAUCUCAGUCAAAAGAGGAACAAGCUCAGAUCACUUCUCAGGUGACUGGACAAAUUGGCUGGAGACGUGAGGGAAUCAAGUACAGGCGGAAUGAACUGUUCCUUGAUGUCCUGGAAUAUGUCAAUCUUCUAAUGUCUGCCCAAGGUCAAGUUCUGUCGUCGCAUGUGGCCGGGAAGGUGGUGAUGAAGUCCUACUUAUCAGGGAUGCCCGAGUGCAAGUUCGGCAUCAAUGACAAGAUCAUGCUGGAGGCCAAGGGGAAGAGCACGACGACGGAUGACCCCUCCCGGGCAGGGAAAACCUCCAUUGCCAUCGAUGACUGCCAGUUCCACCAGUGUGUGAAAUUGUCCAAGUUUGAGAGCGAGCACUCUAUCAGCUUCAUCCCACCAGAUGGAGAAUUUGAACUCAUGAGGUACCGCAUCACCAAGGACAUCUCACUCCCAUUCCGUAUUAUCCCCUUGGUCCGUGAGGUCGGCCGGUCCCGACUGGAAGUAAAGGUGGUGUUGAAGUCAAACUUCAAGGCGACACUCCUGGCACAGAAGAUUGAAGUUCGCAUACCAACUCCGCUGAACACAUCUGGUGUCCAGCUCAUCUGCAUGAAGGGCAAGGCCAAGUACAAGGCCUCUGACAAUGCUAUUGUCUGGAAGAUCAAAAGGAUGGCUGGGAUGAAGGAGUCACAGAUAUCAGCCGAGAUUGAUCUCUUGCAGACUGAUUCCAAAAAGAAGUGGAACCGCCCACCAAUCUCCAUGAACUUCGAGGUUCCGUAUGCACCGUCGGGCUUCAAGGUGCGCUAUUUGAAGGUAUUUGAGCCAAAGCUGAACUACUCUGACCAUGACGUGAUCAAAUGGGUGAGGUACAUUGGGAGGAGUGGACUCUAUGAGACGCGAUGCUGAUGAGGAUCUGACCGAGAGCACCGAUCAAGAUGCGCCCCCACCCCCGACAUAGAAAGUCAGGUCCUUUUUGGCACAUGCCUGCAAUUAUCCCCGGAAUUGAUCAGUUUAUGUCUUUGCAUAAAUAUUCACUGGAAUCUUACUUAGAGAAGCUGUUAUGUCUUCCACUGAUUCUGGGCUUUAAACUUUUGUUUCUGCAGGAAAAAAAAUUUGCUUGUUUCGAAUGUAUGGUAUGGCUAAUAUAAGUCGUGUAUCACCGGUAAUCACAGUAGCCUAGUGAUAACAUUAAGUGAUAUGAAGGAGAGCCAUUCCACUACUAUUUGUUGUUGCAGUGAACUAUUUUGAAGGUUUGUUUAUGAAUUCUUCUGUUUUCUGGAUCUUCGAAAUAAAAUUGUGUCAUGGUACCAAAAA